AAGACACUAAGCUUUCUUCCCCUUUCCAGUUCGAUUUCUUGAUCAGCACACCACGGUAUCCCUUCCUUUCCCUCCAUUCCUUAUUUCUCACCGUAACCCUAUUGCCUCUAUUCAUUCGCAUGCCGAGCGGCGAUGAGAUUCGCCUCUAGCUUGACUUUCACACCUCCCGUUUUCCAUCCACCCACAAAACAGAGGCAACUAAGAAAGAGCUUCCUACAGCGCCUCCCCCUUCCCCUCAGUGUGCUUUCCGCUCUCACUAACCACCUUUAAUCUACGAAAAUAGACUUUUCGUCACCUGUCUGAAACCCACGAGGUAGCCCAGUCCUAUGGCGGGCAGCUCGAACAAUCAGGACUUACUCCUAGAUCUUGAUGAUCAGGGUCGCAACUAUGGAAAUCCGGGUCGCCCUCCCGCCAUCUCGGAGGACGAAUACGCUCACAGAGCUUCCACUUCUUACGAUGACUUUGUAGGAGGCAAUUAUCAGCCUUACUAUGAUGCGGAUGACCAAGAGCUAUAUCCUGAGGAAGGCCGCCCAGCUAGUGGCUAUCACUAUGCAUCUGCGAGUGAUGAACAACACGAUGCCGCUCACGGGAAUGUUAGGAAUAGACAACAAGGGAUGGUGGAGAGAGUAAAAUCAGUGCUGGGAAUGGGACCGGAAUACAGCGAGAUGGAUUUACCGCUGACCGAAGCGCGACCAAAGGGUACGACUGCCGGGGGUGCAGAGGGCGCGUCCGGAGGUCGGGGGUCAACGGAGCGACGGAGCAGUGGGAGCAAAUUCAAGUUCGGUUUUGGGAGAAGAAAAGUGGACCCAUCAACGUUAGGACCGCGAGUAAUUCACCUCAACAAUCCACGAGCUAAUGCUGUUGGGAAAUAUGUCGACAAUCACAUUUCUACUGCAAAAUAUAACAUCGCUACUUUUAUCCCCAAGUUUCUUUACGAGCAGUUCUCCAAAUAUGCCAACUUGUUUUUCUUGUUCACAGCAGCCUUGCAGCAGAUUCCAAACAUUUCACCAACUAACAAAUACACCACUAUUGGUCCUUUAAUUGUCGUUUUACUGGUGUCAGCGGGAAAGGAACUUGUCGAGGACUGGAAGCGGAAAACCCAAGAUAAGGAAUUGAACAGAUCAAAGGCCAGGGUGCUCGUGGGAACAUCCUUCGAGACACAGAGAUGGAUUAAUGUUCGGGUGGGAGACAUAGUUAGAGUGGAAUCAGAAGAACCCUUUCCGUCGGAUUUGGUGCUUAUGGCUUCAUCUGAACCAGAAGGACUAUGCUAUAUCGAAACCGCCAAUCUAGAUGGGGAGACAAAUCUGAAGAUCAAGCAAGCCAUCCCCGAAACCGCAAAUUUGGUCAGCCCGAGUGAGUUGAGCCGACUUUCUGGAAGAAUCCGUUCCGAGCAACCAAACAGCAGUCUUUACACAUACGAGGCUACCUUGACAAUAGGUGCUGGGGGAGGGGAAAAAGAGUUGCCACUCAGUCCUGACCAGCUACUACUCAGAGGAGCCACAUUGAGAAACACUCCCUGGGUCCAUGGCGUUGUUGUAUUCACAGGUCACGAAACUAAACUUAUGAGAAACGCUACUGCAACGCCCAUUAAACGCACAGCGGUAGAGAGACAGCUCAACGUGGACAUCAUCAUGCUUGUCGGAAUUCUACUGCUUCUUUCUUUAGUAUCUUCUAUUGGCGAUGUUAUCAAACAGGCAACCGCGAGUUCUACCAUGUCCUACUUGUACCUUGGGGAUAACAACAAAGUGCGUCAGUUCUUCGCUGAUAUUCUGACUUACUGGGUCCUGUACUCUAACUUGGUUCCUAUCAGUUUAUUUGUCACUGUUGAAAUCGUUAAAUACUCGCAUGCAUUCCUUAUCAACUCCGACCUUGAUAUUUACUAUCCGGAUACGGACACUCCCGCUGUUUGCAGAACUUCUAGCCUUGUUGAGGAGCUGGGGCAAAUUGAGUACAUUUUUUCCGACAAAACCGGUACCCUUACUUGCAAUAUGAUGGAGUUUCGGCAGUGCUCUAUUGCUGUUAUACAUCACUUCCUUACUCUCCUCGCCACUUGUCACACGGUUAUCCCAGAGCGCAAAGACAACAAUCCCAAUGAAAUAAGAUAUCAAGCUGCUUCCCCGGAUGAAGGUGCUCUUGUUGAAGGCGCUGUUCAACUAGGGUAUCGCGCCGAUACCGUUAUCAUGGAGAGGCUAUCAAAAGACAAUCCGAUGGUUGAGGCAACCCUCCAGCAUUUAGAAGAUUAUGCCACAGAAGGACUAAGAACCCUCUGUUUGGCCAUGCGAGAGAUUCCUGAUGAAGAAUAUCGCCAAUGGUCGGCUAUCUACGACAAGGCCGCCACGACAAUAAAUAAUCGUGGAGAGGAGCUCGAUAAAGCCGCAGAACUCGUUGAGAAGGAACUCUAUCUGCUUGGUGCGACGGCUAUCGAAGACAGACUCCAAGACGGUGUCCCCGAUACAAUUCACACAUUACAGACGGCCGGCAUCAAAGUUUGGGUUUUGACCGGCGAUAGACAAGAAACUGCCAUUAACAUCGGAAUGAGUUGUAAACUCAUUAGUGAGGAUAUGAACUUAGUCAUUGUCAACGAAGAGGACAUGGAAAGCACAAGGAACGAUUUGAGUAAGAAAUUGGCAGCUAUCAAAGCGCAAAAGAGCUCCGGUGCUGAGCCAGAGGCCCUAGCUCUAAUCAUUGACGGUCGCUCCCUCACCUUUGCCCUUGAGAAGGAUCUGGAAAAGACCUUCCUCGAUCUUGCUGUUCUAUGCAAGGCUGUCAUCUGUUGUCGUGUCUCCCCCCUCCAAAAGGCCCUCGUUGUCAAGCUUGUGAAACGCCACCUCAGAGCCAUCCUGCUCGCCAUCGGAGACGGUGCGAAUGAUGUUAGUAUGAUUCAAGCAGCCCAUGUCGGCGUUGGCAUCAGCGGCGUGGAAGGUUUGCAGGCUGCACGUAGUGCAGACGUCGCUAUUGGCCAAUUCCGGUUCCUCCGCAAACUGCUGCUCGUUCAUGGGGCUUGGAGCUACCAGCGUAUCUCUAAGGUCAUCCUUUAUUCGUUUUACAAGAAUAUUACCUUGUACAUGACGCAGUUUUGGUUCUCCUUCCAAAACGGCUUUUCUGGCCAAGUCAUCUAUGAAUCGUGGACACUCUCAUUCUACAAUGUCUUCUUUACUGUCUUGCCCCCAUUGGUCAUGGGUAUCUUCGACCAAUUCAUAAGUGCAAGAUUACUUGAUCGUUACCCACAACUAUAUCAGUUAGGUCAAAAGGGCCUAUUCUUUAAACAAACUAGUUUCUGGGCGUGGUUGGUGAACGGAUUCUACCACUCGCUUGUUCUCUAUAUAAUUUCGGAAUUGAUUUUCCUGUUCGACCAUCCUCAAGCAGACGGGAAGCCAGCCGGCCAUUGGUUGUGGGGAACCGCGCUGUACACGGCCGUUCUAGCUACCGUUCUAGGAAAGGCAGCGCUUGUUACCAAUAUGUGGACCAAAUAUGCUGUCAUGGCUAUUCCCGGCUCUAUGUUGAUCUGGAUGGGAUUUAUGCCCGCAUACGCUACGGUAGCUCCUAUGCUUGGUUUCUCUGAGGAAUAUCACGGUAUCCUUGGUAGGCUUAUAACCUCUCCAGUAUUUUGGGCCAUGGUUGUCAUUCUCCCCUGCCUGUGUUUGGUCCGCGAUUUUGCAUGGAAAUACGCCAAGCGAAUGUACUUCCCACAAACCUAUCACCACAUUCAAGAGAUCCAAAAGUACAACAUCCAAGAUUAUAGACCAAGAAUGGAACAAUUUCAGAAGGCUAUUCGUAAGGUACGCCAGGUACAACGAAUGCGGAAACAGAGAGGAUAUGCCUUUUCUCAGGCGGACGAAGGACAGUCACGACUGCUCCAGGCAUACGACACCACCAAGGAGAGAGGCAAAUACGGAGAAAUGAAGAGUGUAAGAUCGGAGACUCGGCCUCAUUGAAAACACUGUCUAUGAGUUAUUACAUUAACAAGGCUAUUCCAAAGAGGGUUGGCUAUGUAGUUAGUUUUUCAUUCCGGAUUAUACUUUCUUCUAGCUCUUCUUCCUUAUUUCUCUACCCCCUCUCUCAUUCUCCUCCUUUCUUCAUCAUGCCUUUUGUUUAGAUUGCCGUUCCGGGAUACGCAUAAUUGCACGAGCCCGCCAUUCACGGUUCAAUCCUGGGAUAAAAAGCUGGUAUGAUAGCAUGAGCACGCGCAGGGCAGUUUUUUUUGUUGGUUUUGGCUGGUGGUAUUGGAUGACGGUCAUGAUGGUAAUAGCACAUCACGCAAAAUUUCUUUCAAGCCAAA